AUGGCCCGGAACAUGACUGAUAGGGAUCCGUUUCGUCAUCUCGAGUACGUUCAGGGUGAAUCCGGGGCAUACAACCCCCACAAAGCCGACGCGAUGCGAGAGGAAGUUGCACGUCGCGCUGAAGAGAAUGAUGGGGAAUGGUGGUCGGGGACGACCUGCCACUUGAUGGGGGAUGUUGUGCAGCAAGGAAAUGGAAUCAUCAUGGAGGAAAGAUAUUUUUUGGAUACUGGUUAUGCCAGCAGAAACAGUCCGCCGCCGGAAGGAGGGAGCCGCCUUCCAUAA